CGAGCCGAGCCGAGUCUCAGUCGGUUCCCGGGUCUGGAUCUGCGCUGCAACCUGACCAUCUCAGCCGGCCGUUGACGCCCCCGCACCGCCGGAGAGCGCAGCAAACGAUGGCCUCAAAAAGCACACUGGCAGUCUUGGGCUGCUUGCUACUAGCUUCCCUAGCAGCUGCCGGCGAGCGGGAGGAGGAGGUGGCGGCUGUGCGCGCCUCAGAUGGAGCACGCCUGGGCGCCUACUCCACUGUGCUGCGCACUUCCAUAAUCACAAGCACCACGGCCACUGAUUUCUACACCUGCACUCAGUUGAUCAGCACUAUGUUCGGGUGUACCGGGCGUCGGCGCAGGAGGAACAUCCUCAGGGAGGAGCUGCCGGAAAUCAGGGAGACUGAGCUGGCCGCGGCCGAGCCCCUGCAGUCCUCUCUGGCCAGCGAGCCGCAGACGGAGCCGACGCCGGCCGACAAGGACAAGCUGCUGCUGACCAUUCUCACCACAUCCACGACCACGCUGACCUACUCGACGCUGACGGUCAACUCGGCCACCACCGUCAGCGUCACAUACUACUGCACCACGUCCGGCAUGUCCACGUUCCCGGCCUGCUAGCGAACGGACCAGUGGUCCUGUGACGUCACCAGUGCUCCGCCGGAUACACCGCGCGGCCCUCCCCGGCCCUCGGCAGCUGCUGCUCUAGCCGAUUUUGUUUUUGUUUGAAUUGUUCAGGUGUUACGAGCUGUUACGUUGAAGCGUAUUUAUUACAAGCUAUGCAGUGACGAAUACAGAGCGAAAAAUAA